AAACCCCAAUUACACUGGCACUUGCCACUGGUUUGAAACUUCAGUGCCAAUUUUCUAUAUACUCAUACAGUCAUUAUCCAGGAAGUCACCAGAGAAAACCAAGGAAGACAGGGAUAAAAUGAAAUAAAUACAAGUUGUUCUUAGGGAAAUGCCUUGGCCAAAGGUUUGGUUUGUUGCAGCAGAAAGAGUGGUUUGUUGUUAGAUCAAAAUGAAAUGAAUAUAUAGUUUGUUUGUACACAGACUUCAGUUUGGAUUGAUGUAAAACCACAGAGAUGAGUUUGGCCUUCAGGCUAGAAACUGUAUAAAUGUUAGAACAUGGAAAAACAGCAGAUCAAAUGAGUGCAUCAGAAUCUGGCCUGGAUACACGCGGUGACAUUAGGCUCAGAUGUGUUACACUCCAGCCUUGUUAAAUGAUCCAGGAGUGAGUGAAUCACGAUCUAUGUUUUUGGCUCUAUCUAAUCUAACGCUGAACACUGUUGUUGUUUUUUCCAUACAAGUGACAGCCUUUAACUCAGCAACAACACUUUUUAUUUUCACUACUUCUUUCUUUGGCAUGUGCUUUAAAGAAGCAGCCCCCAACCAUUUUUUCAAAUGACCUACAGACUGGCACUAGUCCCCAGACAGGGGGGUGGGGACCCCCUAAGGUAAGAAUUGCAUUACAUGGAUGUUCCCUUUAAACUCAUUCUGACUGUAAUUAUUGUGUCAUUAGCAUUUUUCUGUAAAUAUGCCAUUGUAGAAUCUUAUUUGAACAAAAGAGAAAUGUUCAGAGAGAUCUGGUAUUAAUAUUAAAAUGUGAUUAUAAAUAAAUCGAGGAGAUAAUUCCAUAAACAUAUUUAUUUAUUACUUGUAUUUCACUUGGGUGUUUUUUUUUUAAUUAACGCCAAUUAAUUUAGAAAUUAGAAAGAACCACUGAUCUAAACCAGAGCAAACAACGUAGUUGGAUUUUAGUGGUUGCGGUGGUUCAAUGACCGGCUUUAGGACCCAGCGUCAAGACGCACCACUGGCCAAAGUGGCAUCCGCCGCUGCAGCGUAGUUCUGAGGGCUCAGCCAGCACUUCUAUUUACUCCGUUUAUUUCCAAUAAACACUCUGGUGAGGUGGAGUGGUUCGGCUCUCUUCUGCUCAGUGAUGACCAAAGUCUCACUGUGAAGCGGGUGAAGGAGGGAACACGUGGUAAUCCAUAGGCGGCCACUGCUGACCACUUGGCACGCGUAAAAGUCCAGUCAUUCUCCAACUAGAUGGGGUGAGUGAGAGCGGGGGAGAAGACGCGUCAAAGCGCACCGGAUCAGUCGCAUCAAAGCCCGACUCAGAGCGGACGGUUGUUUUCUUAACUCAUCUGACUCUGCGUGGACUCCUAAGUACCGGGCUCCCCCGCUGACCUCAGGACCAGAUUCUGAAGUGCGUCUGUUUUGGUGAUGGUUUUUGGAACAAGAAGGAAUGAAUCUGUCAAGUUGAGGAGGAGAAGAAUCUGAUCUACGGUGCAGUGGGAGCGGAUGCAGUGGAGGUGCGCUGCCGGCUUUUCAUCCACGCACUUGCACAGUCAGCUCAGAGAACAUCCAGCGGCUCCUCACAGGGGAACCGACCUACGGCUUUUCUAAGAACGUCUUCGUUUUGCCUUUGGGCGCUAAUGAAUGGAUUUUCAUGGAUAUUUUAAUGAGACUGAAAAGUUAGACUCAUCCUGUUUCAGAUACCUGCUUGGGGCCAGUGGGCUCCUGUGCGUAAAUCAGCUUCACUUACAGUUUUACGCAAAAUAGCGGCUGUCUGACAACCAUUAAUACCAGUGAAGUACAUAUUUUUAAUAGAACCUUCUAAAUUUAGUUUUAAAACAUACCUUGGGAGAAAAAUGAACCUGUGUGUAGUCAGUCUUCUCCUCACUUUGGAUCUAGCCACCGUGGCGUUCAGUCUGUCCACAUGCAGUACGCUGGACAUGGAUCAGUUCAAGAAGAAGCGCAUCCGGGCCAUCCGGGGCCAGAUCCUGAGCAAGCUGAAGCUCACCAGUCCGCCAGAGGAGUACCCAGAGCCGGAGGAGGUGUCCCGGGACAUUGUGGCCAUAUACAACAGCACCAGAGACCUGCUGCUGGAGAAAGCCAACGAACGGGCAGCGACGUGUGAGCGGCAGCGCAGCGAGGAGGAGUACUACGCCAAGGAGGUGUACAAGAUUGACAUGCAGCCCUUUUACCCAUCAGAGAAUGUCAUCUCUCCUACACACCUCAACCCCUACUUCAGGCGGCUGACAUUCGAUGUCUCCUCCAUGGAGAAGAACGCGUCCAACCUGGUGAAGGCUGAGCUCAGAAUCUUUCGUCUUCAGAACCCUGCUGCUCGAGUUUCUGAGCAGCGCAUUGAGCUCUACCAGAUAUUAGGACACAAAGACUUGACAUCGCCAACGCAGCGAUACAUCGACAGCAAAGUGGUGCGAACGCAGACAGAGGGAGAGUGGCUGUCCUUUGACGUCACAGAGGCAGUGAGUGAGUGGCUGAACCACAGAGACAGAAACAGUGGAUUUAAAAUCAGCCUGCAUUGUCCCUGCUGCACGUUCGUACCAUCAAAUAAUUAUAUUAUUCCCAACAAGAGCGAGGAGCUGGAGGCACGUUUCGCAGGCAUUGAUGACAGCUUCAUUCAUGGUGGUGAUAAGAGGCGGCGACACAGCGCUCGGGCUCCGCACCUCCUCCUCAUGCUUCUGCCUACAUACCGUCUGGAGUCUCAGUCCCAGCACAAGAGCCAUCGAUCCAAGAGAGCCCUGGAUGCUGCCUACUGCUCCAAAAAUGUGCAGGACAACUGCUGCUUACGCUCACUCUACAUCGAUUUUAAAAAGGACUUGGGCUGGAGGUGGAUCUAUGAACCAAAGGGAUAUGAGGCCAACUUCUGUGCCGGGGCGUGUCCUUAUCUGUGGAGUGCCGACACCCAGCAUACUAAGGUGUUAGGCCUCUACAAUUCCAUAAACCCUGAAGCCUCUGCCUCACCCUGCUGUGUCUCCCAGGACCUGGAGCCCCUCACCAUCCUCUACUACAUCGGCAAAACCCCUAAAAUAGAGCAGCUCUCCAACAUGAAGGUCAAGUCCUGCAAGUGCAGCUAGAAGCCCCCACAAGCCAGCGCAAACACACACACACUCUGUUCACACAUACACAUACACAUACACACAAAUGUCUUUUUCAUUCAUUACAAUAUACGCAGCAGUGUUUUUUCCACAGGCACACCUCAGCAGUGGUGUGUAGAACACAAGUAUACACAUAACAGGAUACUAUAUAUUUUAAUGUCAGCAAAUACUUCAAUACCACUGCACUGGGAAGGCAGUUCAUCUGUGCCAGAAAAAAAGGUAAAGGGUAAAACUUUCUCCUAAUAGGGAAUUUACUGUUAGACAUAGAUAGAAAUAUUUUUAUAUAGCACAGACAAUAGAGUCACAUUGGACAUUAUUUCAAAUUGUUUGCCUAUUGUUUAUCUGAAACUAGCUACAAAUUAGUUUGCCCACUAAAAAGGUACCUGAAAGUACAUUAAAAAUAAGUAAAUAAAAGAAAUUUGCCAAUAAAACAGAGCCAACCAAACACUGGUCAUAAACAACACAGAUUUGUCAAAGGAUAAAAGAGGAACUCAAACAAACAGUAAAUAAAAUUUAAAUAAGACAUUGUAUAACAUUAGCCCAGCAGUAAUUCAAGGCUAGUCCAGUUAAUGACAGCUUAUGAUGAACUUGCAUUUGGAGAGUAUUCACACUGAAAGUAUCACAUCAAGAACAACUGAAGAACCCCGGGAAGAUCCUGUUUAUUUCUUGGAUUAAUGUCGUCACAGAUCGAGGUCACUGCAGUAAUUCAGAACAGACUUUGGGAUGAACUUCAUGAGCAGAAUCGUAACUUGAAGAAACAAAAAACUAUAAAACAUAAGAAGGGGCGGUGGUAUCAGAGGCUUAUAUUAAGGACAGCAUACAUACACACACACAUACAUACAGCCACACAUACAUACAUGUGACAGUGACAGAAACAGCUUUUGCAUAGGCACAGUAUGUCUUUUGGAAUUUUAAGGGCCCUGGCAACAUGCACCACCUCACACACUUGUCACACAAGAGACACAAGAGUAAGGCAAACACUGGAAGUAUAAAUGAUAAGUGUUUAUAUGUGAAAUAAGUCCUGAAAAAAAUAUAUCAUUGCCCCACAACUUCUCCCCAAGCUCCCAGCAUCUGCCCCAGCAUCUGCCCCCAGCAUCUGCCCCAGCAUCUGCCCGUCACUGUUUCCAUCACUUUGUUUUGUCUUUGCUCUGUAUAUUUUUCCAUCCAUUUAAGAUACUUAUGUUCAUGCCUUUGGUUGUAGGUUCCUGUAAUGUUGGAUUCAGGUCAUCAAGUUCACACUGAUGAGAUCUAGAACAGUUACUAUAACUGACGAUUCACAGAACUGACGGAGAAUGCCAUAUGUAUUCAUUUACUAUAAUAAGUAGCAUGGAAGGAAGGUGGGAAAAAACAGUUUUGUUAUGUCAUAAAGCACAGCUGCAGAGCCUGGUCACACUAACUGACGACUGUGGAUUCAGAGGAGAGAGAUGUGGUAUUUUGGAAAGUGCUGAUGGACCCUUGCUUGGAGAAACAAUGUUGGAAGUGAGUGCGAUGAAAGAUUCCAGGAGGUGUUAAUGAAGUGGAGAUAAGAGCUUCACCAAAUGUUCACGGAGCCAAAGAUAGUUCUCAGUGUAUCCAACUUUCAGCAGCCAACUUCUGCAGUGAUCUUUGGUUUGACCUGCUGCAGCUGAAGAAGUCGACCCGCAGAGUCACAGUUUUCGUUCUUUAAUUUAAAAAAAAAACAUUGCACUGAUGCUGAUUUUCAUUUUGUCUUUUAAAAUAUCUUAGUUAGUUUGGCCCCUGCUGCUUCCUCUUCCUCUUCCUUUUUUUAAAUGUUGAUGUAGGCGACCCGUCCCUGACCUUGACCCUGACCCUUGGCCCUGUGGGCAUUUAGUGCCAGUGGACUUUCUGGAUAGCAGGAAACAAGAGCUAGGCACCGACUCUUUCACGAUAGAGCUGUUAUUUUGUGUAUUUGUUGUUGUUGUUUUUUUUUUUAUUAUUAUGAUGAUGGUGAUGAUGACAAUAAUGAUAUUGUGAUCCACUGUGCUGUAUUGUAACACAGUAUCGUUGUGGUGCUCCAGUGGUAAAUAAAUUAUUUAAGUUUUCAUGGAA